AUGCCAACAUCCGUGUAUCAAGUCUCCCAAAGGCAGGCUUUCAACAUCAGGAAAUUGGCCUUCGGCGUAUCGUUGCUCGACGAGCUGUGCUCGAUGCUCGUUCGCCAUGAGGUCUUCAUGAGAAAGCUGGCCAGUCAUGACUUCGUAGAUCAUGCAUCCAAAUUCGAAAAUGUCGGAAUCCGCUUCAGCACCACCGAUGCUGCAACCUUCAAAGUCAAUUAUCUUGAGCCAAUCAUGUACCAAGAUGGCAUUCUGAGACCCGACAUCGCAGUGUAUUAUCCCCCUUUCGUGUACGUGUUGUAA